UCCUAACUUGUAAGAGUACUUGUCGGCGGCCAUCUGCUCUGUGUCCGUUUGACGAUCAACCCUCCCAUUUGAUCGGCUUCUCCCUUUCUGUUCCGUUGGCCAAUCAGAUUUCAAAUUGAAAAGAGGAGGAGAAAUCUGACAGUACAGACAUGUUUGGGUUCAUAAGGCGAAGAGUUGCUUCUGGCAGCUCGUCUCCUUUGCUUCAGGGUCUCUCGUUUCAGAAAGUUCGGUCAAACCAAUUGCUCCCGAGUCGAUUUUCUUCCGUUUUGGAGAAAGAGAUCUUAUAUCUUUCUGGAGGAUGUCAGAGUCUUCGGAAUAUCUGUCAUUCAAGUUCAAGUGGAUGCGGGAUCAAUUUAAGGCCUAUGAGGGAGCUUUAUUUUCAAGAGAUUGCAGGGCAAACAUGGAGGCGCUCCUUUUCUUCAGAUAAUGGAGAUCUGGUUGAUGUUGUGGUCCCUCCAUUGGCUGAAUCUAUCUCUGACGGCACUCUAGCAAACUUUUUGAAAAAACCAGGUGAUAGUGUUAAAGUUGAUGAACCGAUUGCACAAAUUGAGACAGAUAAGGUGACAAUUGAUGUUACUAGUCCUGAGUCGGGCGUGAUUCAGAAGCUUCUAGCCAAUGAAGGGGAUACCGUUGAACCAGGUAAUAAGAUAGCAAUCAUUUCAAGGUCUGCUGAAGCAACAACUCAUGUUGCCCCAUCUGAAAGUGUAUCUGAGAAACCUGCUCCUCACCCAACCCAAAAGACAAAAGAGGAGAUGAAAGCACCUAAAGUUGAAGCUGCCCCUACAACAGAGAAGCCUAAAGCGCCCUCUCCUCCACAGCACUCUCCCACAGAGCCGCAGCUUCCCCCUAAGGAAAGAGAAAGACGAGUUCCUAUGACAAGACUUCGAAAGCGGGUUGCUACUCGGUUGAAAGAUUCCCAAAACACCUUUGCAUUGCUGACAACAUUCAAUGAAGUUGACAUGACUAACUUGAUGAAGCUCCGUGCUGAUUACAAGGAUGUUUUUGUUGAAAAGCAUGGAGUCAAAUUGGGACUAAUGUCUGGGUUUGUUAAAGCUGCUGUGAAUGCACUUCAGCAUCAACCAAUAGUAAAUGCUGUCAUUGAUGGCGAUGAUAUAAUAUACAGAGAUUAUAUAGAUAUCAGCGUAGCUGUUGGCACUUCAAAGGGCCUUGUUGUACCAGUUAUUCGUAAUGCUGAUAAGUUGAACUUUGCGGAAAUAGAAAAGGAGAUAAAUAAUUUUGCAAAAAAGGCAAAUAAUGGGACUUUAUCAAUUGAUGAGAUGGCUGGAGGCACUCUUACAAUAUCGAAUGGUGGUGUUUAUGGGAGCCUUUUGAGUACCCCGAUAAUCAAUCCCCCUCAGCUACUGUUUUUGGCAGUCUGCAAUUCUGGGUAUGCACUCUAUAGUGACCCGUCCAAUGGUGGUUGGAGGUGAAGUAGUCCCAAGGCCAAUGAUGUAUGUUGCUCUAACAUAUGAUCAUAGAUUGAUUGAUGGAAGAGAAGCAGUCUUCUUUUUGCGUCGAAUCAAAGAUGUUAUUGAGGAUCCUCGCAGGCUUCUGCUCGACAUAUGAAGCACCCCUCAAAUUUAUUGGAAAAUUAAACACAAGAUUCAGGCAUAACAGACAAAUUGGUUUUCCAACCUUUAUUGCUGGUUCUUGGAUUGUUGUAGGUCAUAAUUUAAAAAUUUAUGGAGGGCAAAUGCUUUGGGAUCGUAUACCUAAUUCAGCAUGUCCUCAUCAUUCUUCUGGCUAUAAGUAUUUUCCACCUUUUUCCCUGGCUUACUGAGAGUAUCCGGCUCUAAGCUGAUGCGGAACUUCAACGAUUGUUCAAAGUAAUAACGAGAUUCUUUUUGUAUACAUCAAUGCUACAAUACAAAUCCGGUUCGGAUAAUUUUCAAGUACAUUUGGUGAUUCCUAA